AUGGCGGAAGAUGGAUUGCUUCAGAUGGAGGGGAUUAUAUAUGAGUAUUCUAGUCUUUAUAGUGGUCUAGUAAGUGCGAUAACAUCGCAGCUAAUGAUAGAUGCUAAUAUUCACAAUAUUGAGAUAAAAUAUAUAGUUAGUGAUAGAUGUCCCCCUGUUAGUAUCCACAAUGAUGUAGGUGUGCAGGAUUUUUUAGAUCAAAAGAAAUCUAAUGUAGAUUUCUUUACGAAAUAUCCAUUGUGCAUAACUUUGAAGAAUAUAGCAAUAGAUAAUCAGGAUUCUGUAGUUGUUGUGGAUAGGAGACAUUCUGAUGUUAGUAGAACACUAACUAACUUUGAUUUAUACUCUAGCAACUCCAUCCGCUUGAUAGGAGUGAAUUUAGAUGGAGUUGUCGAUGAGAAUACGCAUGAAGGAAAUGGAGUAAUCAGUGACCUUUCUAAUUUAUUUAUAGCUGAAAAUCAAAUUUACAAUGAUAAAGAAACACUUAUGGAGGUUAUGCGACAUUAUGGAGUUGUGGAAAAAUUCAGAUUUCUUGUGACUCGUUCUAGUUCAUCUUGUUAUUACCUGAAGUGUCCUGCUGAUAAUUGUUCCUGGAUGAUGAACUCAUCAUGUUUGAAUCAAUCGAAGCUAUUUAAAAUUAGAAAGUACUGUGCGGAACACACUUGUUCCGUUAGAGAUAGAGUGUAUGCAAGACGUCAGGGAAUAACUGACGUUGUAGCUGUUUUAAUAAUGGAUAAAUUUAUUGAUCCAUCGACUGUAUACACUCCAAAAGAUAUAGCGGAAGACGUUUUGAAAGUGCAUGAUGUUGCGCUAACAUACAUGCAGGCCUGGAGAGCUAAAGAAAAGGCGAUAAAAUUGGUGCGUGGAGAUCCAGCAGAAUCAUAUGCCAAACUUCCAGGUUAUCUAUACAUAUUGGAGCAGACAUAUCCUGGUUCAGUUUUAAAAUUAGAAAGGACGGAAUGUGAUAAAUUCUUAUAUGCAUUUGUUGCAUUAGAAGCAUGUAUUAGAGGUUGGGAGUAUUGUAGGCCAAUUGUAGUUGUUGAUGGGGCAGCUUUCAGAGGCGCAUAUGGUGGUACAAUGUUGACUGCAAGCACUAUGGAUCCAGGAGGUCACAUACUUCCACUUGCUUAUGCCAUAGUGGAUUCUGAGAAUGAUGCAUCAUGGACCUGGUUCUUUGAACAGUUUAGGGAAGCAUAUGGAGAAAGGGAAAACAUGUGUUUUAUGUCAGAUAGAAACGAGAGCAUAUGGAAAGGGACUGCAAGAGUAUAUCCUGGUUUGGAACAUUUUGCAUGCAUAUGGCACUUAUGCUGUAAUGUUUUGAAGAACUUCCAUAGGAAUACUGAAGAUUUGAAGAAGCUAUUUUUUACAAUGGCAAAGGCUUAUACAAUACAACAAUUUGAGGCGAUUAUGCAAAGAAUAGACCAGAUAGAUCCAAGAAUAAGAGAUUAUUUAUAUGAUAUCGGGUAUAGCAAGUGGUCAAGGGCGUAUUCAAAAUGUAAGCGAACAUGGACCAUGACUUCAAACAUAGCCGAAUCUUUGAAUAAUGUUAACAGGAUAGCAAGGAGGUUGCCAGUGAUUUCACUUCUUGAAUUUAUGAGGGUAACAGUUCAAAGAUGGAUUCAUAAGCACAAUGAGGAGGCUACAAAAACUAGAUCAGAGCUUACAAAAAAAUAUGAUCUUGUGCUCCAUAAAAGUAUUGCUUUGUCUAGCAGUAUGAGGGUAAUACCAUCAACAGUUGAUAUGCAUGCUGUUGUUGAUGGACCAAAGCGGUACAUAGUAAAUUUAAACACUAAGAUGUGUAGUUGCGGAAGAUUUCAAAAUGAUGAGAUACCGUGCGGGCAUGGAAUAGCAGUUCUUAGAUACAGAAGACUACAUGAAACAGAUUAUUGCUCUCCUUUUUAUAGCCUGAAGAAUUUUCAAGAUACAUAUGCCAUCCCUGUUGAACCUCUCCCAUGCGAGAGUACAUGA